AUGGCUAUACGGUCCUUCGCCACUCGUCAGCACGCUAAGCAGCAAGAGUUCCUAAAGUUGGAGCAAAGCGACAUGACGAUGGAGCAGUACGACGUCAAGUUUGACAUGUUGUCCCAUUUUACUCCCGAUGUGGUAAGAGAUGAGGCUUCCAGAAUUGAUAAGUUCGUUAGGGGUCUCAGACUAGACCUCCAAGGCAUCGUUCGAGUCGUCCAGCCAGCCACUCAUGCUGAUGCACUAUGUAUAGCAUUGGACUUGAGUCUGCAGGAGAGAGCUGAUCCGUCCAAGGUUGCAGGCAGAGGGUCAAGCCUUGGUCAGAAGAGGAAGGCUGAGUCCCAGCGAGACCUGAGGUCAAGAGAUGUCUUCCAGUGGCAUCGUCAGGAGCUGGCUACUGUAGGGAGGACUUUAAGGGAGCUACCUACUUGUGGGAGUGAGGGAGUUUCUGUAGACCCAGCAAAGGUUGAAGCUAUUACUAGUUGGCCUCAAUCGUCGACGGUUAGCAAGAUUCGUAGUUUCCUGGGCUUGGUAGGUUACUACAGGAGUCCUGACAGUGCCAGAUGGAUCAGGGAACUUUGUGAUGAUGCCUCCAAGAAAGGACUGGGUUGCGUGUUGAUGCAGCAAGGUAAGGCAAACGUAGUAGCUGAAGCGUUGAGUAGGAAGGUUGCGCAUUCCGUAGCGCUUAUCACCAAGCAAGCUCCCUUACUAAGAGAUCUCGAGAGAGCAGAGAUUGCAGUCUCACGUCUAUUAGUAGAGGCAUUGCUAAGUGAGGAUUUCUCCAUAUCCUCUGGUGAUGGACUUACUUUCGAUGGACGUUUGUGUGUGCCAAAAGACAGUGCAGUCAAAGAAGAGCUUUUGAAGGAGGCUCACAGUUCUUCAUUUGCUAUGCACCCUGGAAGAUGGAAAUGGGAGAGCGUGUCGAUGGACUUCAUUACGGGACUGUCCAAGACCCUAAAGGGCUACACAAUUAUUUGGGUUGUCGUCGACAAACUCACGAAGUCAGCCUACUUUGUGCCAGGGAAAUCCACUUCCACUGCCAAUAGAGAUGUUCGUUUCACAACGAAGUUCUGGAAAGGACUUCAGCUAGCCUUGGGCACGAGGCUAGACUUUAGUACAGCUUUUCAUCCUCAGAUCGAUGGUCAAACAGAGAGAUUGAACCAGGUUUUGGAAGAUAUGCUGCGAGCCUGUGUUCUGGAGUUCUCAGGGAACUUGAGUUACGAAGAGCAACCGGAUGAGAUCUUGGCAAGAGAGGUCAAGAUGCUCCGUAAUCGAGGAAUCUCGCUGGUCAAAGUUCUUUGGCGAAACCACGGAGUUGAAGAGGCCAUAUGGGAGAGAGAAGUGGACAUGAGGGCCCAGUACCCUGAGUUGUUUGAGGAAUAG